AUGGCGGGCUUAGACGGGCCCGUAUAUCUGCUGAAAACAAAAAAAAUUCCAUCUCAUUAUCAUCAUCAUCAUCAUUCACUCUGUUUUCGUUUUCCUCGCCGGCCGAAAGUGAUUUCGCAAAACACGUCCAAACCCGAAGUCACGACAAAAGACGAAAGGUGGGGAAAGCUCGGAAAUUUGGCAACCACCAAAUCCUUGAGUUUCUUGAUUCGGGCUCGGUCGAGAACGAAAGUCGCCCGAACCCUGUUUGUAGGCAGGGGAAAAGGGGACACGUUUCAUGUUGUUCCAAUAAAUCGAAUCCAAUCCCGGUGGGCCCUUGAUGAGGUCCCUCUCGAAAAUCGGACGAGAAUUUUGAACUACUCCGAGUUUGCAUGUCGAGGCCCAAUCCCGAAUAAAGCCCACGAUCGAGGUGGCAUCGCCGAUCGCGUGGUGGUUGGCUACGCCGAUGCAUAUGCCUCGGCCUGGAAAAAUGGUUACUUGCAGCGCAAGCGAGGUGACGGCCGGAGGGAGCCGAGGGGCGUAAUCAUAAAAAACGUCGGCUUCCCUCGGUUGAUUCGCGACGAGAGUGUCGAAAUCGUGGGCCGACGAGGAGGAGAAAACGGACACGGGGACCGAGUCGGUGGACGCGUAACGGAAAACAGGCAUGUUUUUUUCUGUGUCGAGAGGGUAAACUAA